AACGCCGCAGCGACUAUCUCGGCAGCUCCCACUCCUACUAGAGCUGCUGCGGAUGUCAUCUCCGUAUUUAGCGAUGCCUAUACCAAUAUCGGAGCGGAUCUCAAUCCGAAUUGGGGACAAGCGACGCAAAAUACGCAUAAAUGAGAUGAAUGUAAAAAGAAUAGGAUUAUUGACAAGUGGAGGUGACUCUCCAGGAAUGAAUGCAGCCAUAAGAGGCGUAUACAAAACAUGUGCAGCGCACGAUAUUGAGUGUUAUGGAAUCCGCCGAGGAUAUCAAGGAUUGAUAGAAAAUGAAAUUUUCAAAAUGGAGGCGAUGGAUGUCAAGCAAAUUAUUCAAUUAGGUGGCACAAUUUUACUUUCAGCAAGAAGUAAAGAUUUCUUUGAUUAUGAAGGCAGAAAAAGGGCUUAUCAAAAUUUAAGCGAACAUGACUUUGAUGCCUUAGUUACUAUAGGUGGUGAUGGUACAUUCACAGGUGCUAUGAAAUUUGAGAAAGAAUUCGGAGUCCCUACAAUAGGAAUACCAGGAACGAUUGAUAACGAUAUAUUCGGCACUGACAACACCAUAGGUUAUGAUACAGCUCUCAAUACUGUCAUGGAAGCUGUAGACAAAAUAAGGGAUACCGCCACUUCUCAUCAAAGACUAUUUUUUGUAGAAGUCAUGGGAAGAGAUGCUGGAUUUAUAGCACUGAAUAGCGGUAUAGCCUCUGGCGCAAUUGAAAUAUUGAUUCCUGAGACUAAAUACAAUAUGGAGGAAUUCUUCAGCAAUAUUGAAAAGGGUGCGAUAAAAGGUAAAAUCUCAAAUAUAGUCAUAGUAGCCGAAGGUGAAAAAAAUACGAACAUUUAUGACUUAGCCGAAUUGACUAAAAAGCGAUUUCCAAGUUAUGAAACUCGUAUUUCCAUAUUAGGACAUAUGCAAAGAGGUGGUAGUCCUACUUGCGCAGAUAGAGUGUUAGCUAGUCGGUUAGGAGUAGCAGCAAUAGACGGAUUAUUAGAAGAAUCCUUUAAUAGAAAAGACAUAGAAGUCGUAGGCAUCAAUGAUUUGAUAGACCCCGAUUAUAUGGUUUAUAUGCUCAAGUAUGAUUCAACACAUGGUAGAUUCAAAGGUGAAGUUUCCUUUGAUGAAAAUCACUUGAUUGUCAAUGGACGAAAAAUCAGAGUCACCAAUAAAAAAGACCCGAAUGAAUUACUUUGGGGUGAAUUGGCUGUAGAUAUUGUGAUGGAAGCUACUGGGCUUUUCUUAACGAAGGAAACGGCACAGGGACAUAUCAAUGCUGGUGCUAAAAGAGUUUUAAUGACGGAUGGACCUUCUUCUAAGGACUGGAGAGGAGGUCGAGCAGGAAUGAGCAAUAUUAUUCCAUCCGCAACAGGUGCUGCUAAAGCAGUAGCCUUGGUGAUACCUGAGCUCAAUGGGAAAAUAACAGGAAUGGCAUUUCGGGUACCAACUCUAGACGUGAGUGUAGUGGAUUUGACGGUAAGAUUGACGAAAUCGACUUCGUAUGACGAAAUCAAAGCUUGUAUCAAAAAGGCUUCCGAAAAUGAGAUGAAAGGCAUUGUGGCUUAUACAGAAGAUGAUGUUGUUUCUUCAGAUAUGCUAGGAAUGAGAGAAACUUGUAUCUUCGAUGCGAAAGCAGGAAUCAUGCUCAAUCCAAAUUUUGUCAAAUUAGUCGCUUGGUACGAUAAUGAAAUUGGUUAUUCCAAUAAAUUAUUGGAUUUGGUAGAGGUUUGGGGG